AAUGCUUCUCUGUUACACAGUUUGAAGUUCUUGCUAGCGACGGUCGCUUCUUGAAUCGGCUUGCGGCGAUUAGACUUCCAAAUUUGCCGACUGCUUGUCAAUGUGUGCGUGGCAACAGAAUGGGGGUGUCAGAUUUACAAUUGGAUACAAAUGGGCCUGUGGUAGAUCUUUCGGUUCGGGGUAUGCGGAAGCUUGACCCCAGUUUCAUCUGCUCAGAGAACACACACACGCUCAUCCUGGACCAAAAUCAAAUCAUGAAACUGGACCAUCUGGAAAGGAACCCGGGUCUUCAGCAGCUGUCAGUAGCCAGCAACCGCCUGGUCAGGAUGAUGGGUGUGUCGCAGCUCAAAGAGUUGCAAGUCCUCAAUCUUCCCAACAACAGUAUUGGCUACAUUGAGGGACUGCGCGACCUGCCCAAACUCAAAUGGCUCAACCUGUCGGGAAAUGCAAUUAAGGUUAUCGAGCAGCUGAACAGCUGCGUUUCCCUCCAACACUUGGAUCUUUCAGAUAAUAGUAUAUCAAUCAUUGGCGAUCUGAGUAAACUUGUGUCCCUCAAGACACUUCUCCUGCAUGGAAACAGCGUGACAACACUCCGCACUGUGCCCGCCAACCUCCCCGCUCAUGUGUCCAUCCUGUCGUUGGCAUCCAACGAGAUAACAGAUCUCAAUGAAGUGGCACACCUGGCCCCCCUCCACGAACUGGAGCAGUUGUCCAUUAUGAAUAACCCUUGUGUGAUGCCAACCCCGUCGCUGCCGCGCUUCGAUUACCGGCCGUAUGUGAUGAAUUGGUGUCUGAGCCUGAAAGUCUUGGAUGGCUUUGUGGUGUCCCAAAAAGAAGGACUGAAAGCGGAGUGGCUGUACAGUCAGGGAAAAGGUCGCUCCUUUCGACCAGGCCAGCACGUUGAACUGGUUCAGUACCUUUCCACCGUUUGCCUCCGGACCACUUCGUCGCCCUUGGUGAUGGCGGAAGAUGCCAAACUGGAGAAGAUCCUGAAUAAGCAGAGGUUUCACCAAAUGCAGUUGUUGGAAGAGACCCGGGGAGAAUGUCCAAGCCCGCCUCGGCCCACUCAGCUGGCUGUGGAAACAACGGACGCUUUGCAUACAUCGCUACAAGGGAACGCCGUAGAAGUGAAGAAAAUGACCACACCGCCACCUGGUGUCCUGUCGGACCCGGAAAGACGGCGAGCAGUGCAGUUUAAUACAUGGAUGAGCUAUGACUCGUCCAGCCCUUCGCUUUCAUGUGUAAGCAACCCAAAGCUGGGAGAGGAGAACCUCCGUUUGGAAGACGUGCACACCGACGAGGAUAAGCUGAACAGCAGUAUGCUGUCCUCCGAGUCCUCCUUCAUGCCGCGGCUACCUCACUCGGACAGCGAGGACGAGACGGAGACAUUUGAAGCCGACUCGCUGGCCCCCGGGCGUUCGGCGUCCCCGUGGCGCGCGCCCCCGUCGGAGCAGCGCAACACCGAAGAAGAGACUCUCACGCCACCUUUGGAAGCCCCAGAAGAAGCGACGUUUUUACGUUUGCUCAACAAGACCGAGGAAGCGAGAAGAGCAGCUGUUAAGAUCCAGUCGUGGUGGAGGGGACGGUACACUCGGUGUUGUCACCCCAAGGCCAGAGAGGUGCGCAGUGAGAUCCGCCUGCGCAGGAUGCAAGAUCACAUCGUCUCUUUGUCGCUAAAACUGGACAGGGUGCAGAAGCAGUGCGAGGAGGAGAAGUUAAAAAGGAUGGUUCAAGAGGAAGCGGUCCGGUUUCUAUGGAAACAGGUCCAGUCCAUGCAGCAGUGGAAGCAGUCUGUCGAGGAGCAGCUGGCCUGCCUCGCUCACGUCUCCGCUCCUCCCGGACCGUGUCCGGUUGCCCCGCCUGCGGCGUGCACCGCCGCAAACCGAGUGGCCACAGAUGUCUCCUUGCCAGACUCGGGCUUCCAGAUCACGACCAGCGAGGAGCGGGCCUCCCCUGAAGACAGCUUCCUGAGCAGCGGGACGGCGGAGUCCAUGACAACUGUGCGAGUGUCCCAUGAAUGCGUGGACAGCACAGACUGCAGCCUCCUUGAGCACUACGCCUCCUCCUUGCAGCAGAGGGAGGACGAGGAGGAGGAGGAGGAGGAGGAGGGGGAAGAGGAGGAGUUGGUAAGGUCACAACCAUCCUCUUCCCUGCAAACCGAAGGUGACCAGGCAGAUGUCCACUGAAUAAAAACUGUAUCGUAAGAAUGUUAUAUUUGCCCACUGAGGCAUGGCUGAAAACUGCACUUAUAUUUAUCUAUCACCCACAAAAUGUGCUUUUAUUUGUUGAACACAGAAUAAAGAUAUUUGGAUUUUGGGUGAAAUUUUAGGAUGAACCUAAAAUGCACUGUGACCUUUACACCUCACCUUCUCUAAACUGAUGAAUGCACGUCCAACUCCUCGAUGAUUGAGUACUUUUGCACGCUUUGCUGUUCUCCAACAAGGGACUGAACGGCAAAAUUCACAACAGGUGUUUGUGCCAUGAACUGACCAAUACAUUUCGUGGUUCAAUUAGAAUUACUAUUUAAACAGUCGUGUCCAUUAUGCCGUUCACAUUUCGGCAUAAUCAGACCAAGACGACGCCUAACAAUGGAUCAGCAGUACAGUGCCGUUGUGAGAUUUCUAACAAGCCAUUUUUAGAGGUCACUGAGUGUCACGGGGUGCCAUCAGCAGGUUGCAACAGAUACGGAGAGACUGGAAGAGUCACAGAAAGGUGUAGAAGUGCGUGUCCUUGGGAAUGUAUUGGUCAAUUCAUAGAUCAAACACCUGUUGUGAAUUGUGCCGUUCGGCUCCUUGUUUGAGAACAGCAAACUUAAAAAAAAAAAAAAAAAAGUGAACAGAUGGACUCAUGCAUUCAAAAGUUGAGAAAAAGUCUCAUCAAGUUCGCCGGUAAAAGUUGUCCUGCAUUUUAGGUUCAUCCUGAAAUUUUACCCAAUGUCCCUGACUUUUUGAGAGCAGUGUAGUGCAUCUACUGUUACACUGUUUCUUCUACGUCUUUUGGUAAUGGAAUUGCCUUGCUGGUAUGCAUACAACAUGAUUACACUGAAAUAAAAAGCAGA